GCUUCCGGUCAGCUGAGAGAGCGCUUCCGGCGGGGCCUGCGAAUCGGUUCGGCGCGGCCAUGAGGAUCGAGAAGUGCUACUUCUGCUCCGGGCCCAUUUACCCGGGCCACGGCGUCAUGUUCGUGCGCAACGACUGCAAGAUAUUUAGAUUCUGCAAAUCAAAAUGUCACAAAAACUUUAAAAAGAAGAGAAACCCAAGAAAGAUCAGAUGGACCAAAGCAUUCCGAAAAGCAGCUGGCAAAGAAUUGACAGUGGACAAUUCAUUUGAAUUUGAAAAACGUAGGAACGAACCAGUGAAAUACCAGAGAGAGUUGUGGAACAAGACUGUUGAUGCAAUGAAGAGGGUGGAGGAAAUAAAGCAAAAACGCCAAGCUAGAUUUAUUAUGAACAGAUUAAAGAAGAGCAAAGAAUUGCAGAAGGCAGAAGACAUCAAAGAAGUCAAACAGAACAUCCACCUUCUUCGUGCUCCACAUGCAGGCAAACCGAAACAACUGGAGGAGAAAAUGGUGCAGAAACUACAAGAGGAUGUGGCCAUGGAAGAAGACUCUUAAAAUGCUUGUAUUUCUUAUUGUAAUUUCCUUAGCAGUUAGCAGUUGCUUACUGUUUCGCCUGGCUUCACUUGGAGCUGUGCUUGCAAUUGAAGAAAAAUACAUUUUAAUAAAUAGUGGACACUUAGA